CCUUUGGGUCCUAAAAAUUUGGAAUCAAUAGGUUGCAAAUGGUUUGUUCGGGUUUGGGUCGGUUUUUCUCGGUCCGGGUCGGUUCGGAUCUGUAAUUUAAAUACCUACAAAAUUUUCAUAAUUUUGGGUCUCGAUUAGGGUUCGCGUAUUAUGAUCUGAAAAAGACAUGACAUACCCAAAUCCAUCAAAUUUAGUCGAUAGUUGUCAAUAUAUCUAAAAUUUUACAAAAUAAAUUAAUUAAACUAUUAAUAAUUAAAAUAAAACAUUUUAAACUCUAAAUUUUAUAUUUUAAAGUUUCAAAUUAUUUAAAAAUGUUACAAAAUAAUAACAAAUAUUGUUAACAAAAGAUAUUUUAACUAAAUCAUAAAAUAAUAUAUAAAAAAUAGAACACAAAAAUCAUAGUUUUGGAUAUACAUGUUUUUAAGUCGGUACAAAUCGGUUUUUAUCAGAUCAGAUCUAUUCAUGUCAGUUUUUUUUGGGUUCGGAUCUAUUCGACUCGAUUCCUUUUUGGUUACAGUUCUUUCAGAUAAAAAAACUAGACCAAAAAAUACUUGUAAAUUUUUGGUUCGGUUUCAAAUCGGAUAAUUUCGAGUCGGUUCUAGUUUGGAUUUUCGGAUCCAGGUUAAAAUGCUGAGGCCUAACAUAAAUAGUUUAAAUUUGUUAUAAAAGAUUAAAUUAAAUCUCCUAAAUUAUUUAUAAAUGUCUAAAACUAAUUUAAAAACAUUUAUAGAAUUUUAUAAAAUCAACUGCCACCGGUACAAAUAUUAAACUCUAAAUAAUAACCACUAAACUUUAAAGUCAAAUGAUAUUUUUGAUUGAAUAUAUUUUCGAAAAGUGAUAAAUGAUAUUUUACGCAAUUCGGGAUAAAUAUUUCUGAGUAGGAAAAAUAGACUUACCCUAACACCCAAACACUCCCCAAACCAUAUCACAAAACCCAAGCAGGUCGGUGGUCCCCUUUCAAUCUCUCCGGAGGUUUAUCGAAAGAGACGACAAUGCAGAGGUUUUGCAGUAAGCUGCGUUCCAUCUCCCUCCACUCAAAUCGGAAUCUCUCUUUCGCCAGUGUUCCCCACCGUCUCAUCCACCAUUCUCGGAGUCCUCAGUCAACCCUAGGUUUCGCCACGACGAGUAAAUGGAGCUUCGUUUCUCCGUCGAAUCCCACCUCCACGGGGUCGAUCUCCGUUCCUCAUCAUUUGGUUCAAGUAAGGAAUAUCACUUCCAAGGAUAAAAUGGCGAAAUGGAAGAAGAAGUGGAGACCUAGGACUCCAAUCACAUCCAAAGUCAAGAAAGUCAAGAUCAAGUUUUACUCGUCAUACAAAGACAGGUUUAGACCACUUAAUGAUGGUACCAUCCGUCGCUGGAAAGAAGGCAAGCGCCACAACGCCCACUUGAAGUCAAAGAAAUCAAAACGUAGACUGAGACAGCCUGGACUAGUACCACCAGCAUAUGCCAAAGUCAUGAAGAAACUCAAUUUCUGCAAUUGAGAGAUAGAGAAAGAAACUGUUCAAUCUCUUCCAACUUUCCAGAUAAUUAAUGAGCUGGUGGUACUCAAAGGUUUAACCAAACCUUAGUUAUGUUUUUUUCGUGUUUCAGUUUUAACCUUAUCACAAAGUAAUAAAUUGUCACAAAGUAAUAAAAUUUUAUCAAAUAAACCAUAUCCUCCGUACGGACUAGGGGACUAUUAGCAUUUGGACUAAAAUUAGUGUUUAUUUAAUUUUUAUUUAA